CUGAUAUCACAGUCACAUAUCACCGGAAACUGCCCUAUCACGUAAGCUGGGUAUUUGUGGCACUGGUCCCGCUCCUCUGUGGCCCUGUGCGGUAGCGGGUGAACUGUGCAACGAGUGAGAGGUGCCAGGGACGAGUGGUGGUGCAAGGACACCCUCCCCCCAACCCCCACUAAGAUACCCCUUCGUGCCCAACAAGAAGCAACAGGAAGAACAGAAAUCAUGGUUUGCUUUCGUCAUGCACUCUGCAAGCAAAGAAUGCUGCUUGUGAAUUCCUUCUGUUUCUGCUUGCGGGCGGUGGGAUCGUGGGUCCACAACUCUCAAAUGCAGAAUGUGAUCCACACUGCAUCCCUCACCGCUUCACUUCGGUCGGCAUUCCCUUGACACACGGCACCACAAAGUCCUUCUUUUGGCCCGAGGAUGACGUGAUGGACAUCUACGUGGACGGGAACGGCAUAAAGUUGACCCCUGACCUCGAGCAUCUGCCAAGGGAUCGGUGGCACGAGGUCGAGAUGGAGGUCAACCUGACGGACGAUAAGAUGCUGGACAUAACAGGUCGUCACGGGGGCGGGGCAUUUCGUCUCAGCUCCCCAAGCCUUUCCAUUGACGAGUGGAGGAGCUGCGAAGGGAGGUUCUGUUCGGCACUCGCCUUCGGGACGAGCACAGCCAGCUGGUGGGCCUUCAGCUGCGACGCUGCUCCGUGUGGGUGUCCAGAAUUUGCAGAAUGUUCACACACUACUGAACAACGCUGCACCCCCCUACAGCUGGUUGAGUUCAGCCUCCUCCUCGACCGACCUCAGACGGUGUUUUGGCGUCCAGAGUCCCUUGAAAAACCAAGAGUCAUUUGGGGCAAGAGACUCGAGCAUUCCUUCGAACUGGAGGUGAAGGAGGACCUCUUGUUCAGCUGGCUCAGGUUGGAGGUGGUGCUGGUGAAAGGAGGAACCGCCGGAAGAAGCAGCUGCACCCUGAAGGUCCCCGGCUGAACGUGUCGCAGACGUGUUCCGCCGAGAUCGACACCGAGAUGAUGUUCGACUUCCGGUCCCCCGCCGUGCUGGCCCUCGGGUGCGAUCUACCCCCGGGGGAAG